ACUGGGCUGUGCGCCGCGCGCGGGGAGCAUGAGCCGGGUGGUGGCGCGCAGGGAGCACUGCGGAAGGCUGCCGCCUCGGGACGCCGCACUCACACAGAACAGAGUGUUCUGAACAUCAACACAAAGUGGAAGAGCUUAAGCUGAAGGUACAGUAUAUUAUUUACACUGAAGGAGCUCCUGUGUCGACAAAAAAUCGCUGACAGCUCAAAUGGAUCCCAUGGAACUGAGAAAUGUCAACAUCGAACCAGAUGAUGAGAGCAGCAGUGGAGAAAGUGUUCCAGAUAGCUACACCGGAAUGGGAAAUUCAGAAAAGGCAGCAAUGAGCAGUGAAUUUGCAAAUGAAGAUGCUGAAAGUCAGAAAUUCCUGACAAAUGGAUUUUUGGGGAAAAAGAAGCUGGCAGAUUAUGAUGAUGAACAUCAUCCUGGAACCACCUCCUUUGGAAUGUCUUCUUUCAACCUGAGUAACGCCAUCAUGGGCAGUGGGAUCUUGGGCUUGUCCUAUGCCAUGGCCAACACAGGGAUCAUACUUUUUAUAAUCAUGCUGCUCGCUGUGGCAAUAUUGUCCCUCUACUCAGUUCACCUCUUAUUAAAGACAUCCAAGGAAGGAGGGUCUUUAAUUUAUGAAAAAUUAGGGGAAAAAGCAUUUGGAUGGACUGGAAAAAUUGGAGCUUUUGUUUCUAUUACAAUGCAGAACAUUGGAGCAAUGUCAAGCUACCUCUUUAUCAUUAAAUAUGAACUACCUGAAGUAAUCAGAGCAUUCAUGGGACUUGAAGAGAAUACUGGAGAAUGGUACCUUGAUGGCAACUACCUCGUCAUAUUUAUAUCUGUUGGAAUUAUUCUUCCACUUUCUCUUCUGAAAAAUUUAGGUUACCUUGGUUAUACCAGUGGAUUUUCUCUUACCUGUAUGGUGUUUUUUGUCAGUGUGGUGAUUUACAAGAAAUUCCAAAUACCUUGCCCCCUGCCUGUUCUGGACCAUAGUGUUGGAAAUCUUACAUUCAACAACACACUUCCCAUGUAUGUGGUAAUGUUACCCAACAACUCUGAGAGCUCCGGUGUGAACUUCAUGAUGGAUUAUGCCCACCGCAAUCCAGCAGGGUUGGAUGAGAACCAGGCCAAGGGCUCUCUUCAUGACAGUGGAGUAGAGUACGAAGCCCAUAGUGAUGACAAGUGUCAGCCCAAAUACUUUGUAUUCAACUCUCGGACGGCCUAUGCAAUCCCCAUCCUAGCAUUUGCUUUUGUAUGUCACCCCGAGGUCCUUCCCAUCUACAGUGAACUUAAAGGACGGUCCCGGAGGAAAAUGCAAACAGUGUCAAAUAUUUCCAUCACGGGGAUGCUAAUUAUGUACCUACUUGCUGCCCUCUUUGGUUACCUGACCUUCUAUGGAGAAGUUGAAGAUGAAUUGCUUCAUGCUUAUAGCAAAGUGUAUACCUUUGACACCCCUCUUCUCAUGGUACGCCUGGCGGUCCUGGUGGCAGUAACACUAACAGUGCCCAUUGUCCUGUUCCCAAUUCGUACAUCAGUGACCACACUAUUAUUUCCCAAAAGACCCUUUAGCUGGAUAAGACAUUUCCUGAUUGCAGCUGUAAUUAUUGCACUUAAUAAUGUUCUUGUCAUCCUUGUGCCAACUAUAAAAUACAUCUUUGGAUUCAUAGGGGCUUCUUCUGCCACUAUGCUGAUUUUCAUUCUUCCAGCAGCUUUCUAUCUUAGACUUGUCAAGAAAGAACCUCUUAGUUCACCCCAAAAGGUCGGGGCCUUAAUUUUCCUUGUGAUUGGAAUCAUUUUCAUGAUUGGAAGCAUGGCACUCAUUAUAAUUGACUGGAUUUACAAUCCUCCUAAUUCUAAGCAUCACUAACCCAAGGAAAAAUAUUUUCUUUUUCUGUUGGAAAUGGUUGCAAGCUAUGCUCCAAAAGACAUUUGAGGUAUCUUGAUUGGAAUGUUAUUUAUAGGAAAUAACAGGAAGAUUCCAAAGACAUUUACUAGUAAUAUCACCAGACACCUGCAGAAGAGAAAAUCAUCCUUUUUUGUCAAGAAUGGCUGUUUAUAUGUUUAAAAUCUGUGGUGCAUAUUUCUACCCAGGUUUUACUAGAACAGUGUGACAUGAUCAAGGUUUACUUUUGCUGCUGUACAGCAGAAUAAGGGUAGCUGUGUGUAAUGGUCAUCAGAUAGUACCUUUCCUCCCACUUCUCUUCACUUCCCAUUUCCAAAAAAAAAGUACCAAAUAUUUUAGAACAUCAACAAAAAUGCUCUUGUGGCAAAACUAUCACCAUUUAAUGACUUCUCCCAAUCUUGCACCAAACAUUCUGGGUCUGUUUACUAACAGAGAGGCAAAAGGCAUGUCUUGUGAGCUGUCCCCGUAAGGUACAUGAAUGAUCAGACACUAGUCUAGAGCAUCUCAUGGUCAGCUGCAAAAGAAUAUUUUGCCCAUCCUCUCUGUGACAUUGAAUUAGUGACUUUCUUUAUUCAAUGUAUUUUUGCUAAAUAUCAAAACAUCUUACCAAACAUAGAGAGGGGCUUUAUUUAAAUUGUAGAACAACAACAAAAAUAAUGUUUAUAGCUAAACUCUCUGUUCUGGAAGCAUCUGCUUUUUAACGUUAUUCCUAAGUCCUCUUGUCAGACUUUUGUCAUUGAACAAUGCUCUCCCUCUCGUCUUCCAUUCUCAUUCAGAAUUUUUAGAAGACCACGAUUCAUGUGGAGAUACACUACCCAGUAUUGUUUGAUACAUUUUUAUUUGAUAAACAUUCAGUGCAGGAAACUGUGAUUUGCUAUAUGUUUAUGUAUAUAAUCUUAUUCUGUAGUCAUCAGAAUGUUAAUGUAUGGUACAUUUGAUUUUUAUUUUUUACAUGUGUAGUUUUCUCUCUUCACAGUCAAAACAUUUAUAUGUUUGGGGGCGGGGCAGGGAAUUAAGUUGGUGGGCUCAAAGAUCCAUUUGUAUGUAUCUGUCUAUAGGGGACAUUUUAAAUUUGAAACCUAAGUUAUAUAUAGAUCAGUAAUGCUCUUCUUCAAUGUUUACAAUUAAUAUAAUCAUCUACAAGAAAAUAAGUCCUUUUUGAAAAUAAUUAUCAAUCCUAAAGUUGUUCUUUUAAUUUAGCAUGUCUGAAAUAGGAUUUAGUUCAUUUUAGCUUGCACAGGUGUUUGCUGACAUUCAUUUGUCACUUAAGACAAUGUUGAGUGGUUCUCCAUAAAAAUAAAAGUGUUACCACUACAAAUAAAAACAAACUAUCAUUCUUGCUCACUGCUGUAACGUACUUACAUAAAGUGGAUUUUAAGAUUACUACUCACUACCUGAAA